CGAAGUGUCCUAGCUGUCCGCACAAGAUUGUAACCAAUUCUGCUUAGUUUCAAAUGGCACGAACCUGUGCUUUAAGUGCCAAAAUAUGAGUAGACAAAGAUUAGUAGUUGGCUGGCUCUAUGUGUAUGGAUCUACAAACCAAAGUCUUUCAUCAAGUCUCCGUGAUGGUGUAGCGGUAACAUCGGUCGCUCUCAAGCGCAACCUCAGGCUUAGCCUGUAUGUACUCGUGUCCCGACCAGCCCGGGGUUCGACUCCCCGUCACGGAAUUCUUUUUUGCCAACCGUUUUGUGGUGGAUCGUUUUUUUUUUUCGGCGUAAUUUUUGCUUCACCCCACCAGCGGGGAGAGUUGGAAAGACUUGCUUGGUCAGCAGGCAACAAACGGGGCGAAUCGUCAAUUUAACGAUCCGGAGCUACGGAAUGGAUGUACUUCAGUCUGCGAAGUGAUAUGGGAGAAAGGGAAAGGGAAAGGAGUG